GGAGAUUCUCCAGUGGGAAUCAGCCUCCGUGAACAGAAGGUAAAAGAGCUGAAAACUCCAGUCCAAACCAACAGUCCAUGUUCAGUAAACUGACCAGGACCAGCUUCAGCAGAACCAUCAGUGAAGUGGGUCACAUCCUGGACCAGCACAAACAUAUGUGCACUAUCUGCGCAUGCGCUCAGACAGCUGCACUCGGACCUGAACAGAAAAUGGAGAAGCUGCUGCAGACACACAGAACCAACAUCUGCCGUUGGCUUUCAGAAGACCCAGACCACAUCCUCGAACUGUGUUUAGACAUUAUAUCUGCAAAGGAAUGUCGUACUGUGGAAAAGCAGGAGAGUGGAUUCAAAAAGAUGGAAGUCCUUUUGGAUUCCAUCCUCCAGAAGGGAGAACCUGUGUGUCAGCAGUUUACUGACGUUCUCCAACAGCAGCAGGGACGGUAUCUGCAGUUACAGAAGCUCUUCAGCCCCAGGGACGGAGGCUCAGCCAUGGAAACAUACGCAGAUGACGCCAGUAUUGUAUCUAAGAGAGACAUCGGAGAUAUCACAGCAAAAAAAUCAGUGGACGUGACGAUCGAAACUGUGGCCAAUCCAGGAGGAGCUCCAUCUGGUGCCGGUCCAGGACAGGGUCCGCAGGCCAAAAAUGUGGCGCUACGUGGCAGUUUGGUUUGUCGAGACACAAUACGCAGCAUCACUUCUGAUGAGGGUGUGAAUAUCUCCUUGUGUGUAAAAUCACAACGUGACAAACCCACUCCAUCAGCAGAAUGUGAAGGUCCAGCAGACGAGGACUCUCCUUCUUCUCAGGAACCGGCUGUGAAAUUCAUCCGAGAUCACAAGACCGCUCUCAUUGAGUGCCUGAGAGCAGAUAAAUUCAUCCUAGAGUACGUACAUGAAAGAGGGAUCGUCUCACAGAGGAACUACGAAAACCUCCACUCAGUCCCACAACCGGAGAAAUCAGUGAUUGAUCUGAUGAAUGUGGUUAUCAAAGGAGGACGGAAAACCUGCUGCGAGUUUCUGGAGCUUCUCAAAGAGCCUAAGGUUGUAGAGCAAUACCCCCAACUGCCAGAAAUUACAAACGCCUGGUGACCUGGUGCUGCUUCUGGGAUCAAUGAGCUGGAUUCAGCCACAGCGGCAAGUCCAACUGAUUUUAGUUUAGGCUCCCCAUCCUCCCAGUAUGAUCUGAAGUGAGCCGAACCAGUACAAUAACAACACAAUAACCUAUAAAUAAUGUCAACUCCUAACUUUUCUCUAUGUUUAACCUCCUCAGACCCAGCUAUGAG